CGCCUUGGCUGGCUGAGCUCGCCCUCUCCCCACCCGCAGACAUGUCCGAGGCCAAGAGCGGCCCCGAGUACGCCUCCUUUUUCGCGGUCAUGGGCGCCUCGGCCGCCAUGAUCUUCAGCGCCCUGGGAGCCGCCUAUGGCACCGCCAAGAGUGGCACUGGCAUCGCGGCCAUGUCUGUCAUGUGGCCAGAACUGAUUAUGAAGUCCAUGAUCCCAGUGGUCAUGGCUGGGAUCAUCGCCAUCUACGGGCUGGUGGUGGCGGUCCUCAUCGCUAAUUCCCUGAGAGCGGGCAUCACUCUGUACAGGAGUUUCCUCCAGCUGGGUGCUGGGCUGAGCGUGGGCCUGAGCGGGCUGGCGGCUGGCUUUGCCAUUGGCAUUGUGGGGGACGCUGGUGUGCGUGGCACUGCCCAGCAGCCCCGGCUAUUCGUGGGCAUGAUCCUGAUCCUCAUCUUCGCCGAGGUGCUCGGCCUCUACGGUCUCAUUGUUGCCCUCAUCCUCUCCACAAAGUAGCCCCUCUCUGAGCGCACCAGCCACAGAACACGAUGUAAAGACCACCCCU